AUGAGAACGAAUCCCGGAAGUGUGUUUGAAUUAGAUGUGGAUGAAAGUAGUGGGUGUUUUCGGAGGUUGUUUGUGGCAUUUCAUGGAUGUUUGUAUGGCUUUCAAUUUUGUCGUCCGUUGUUGUUGGUUGAUGGUACAUUUUUGAAGGGGCGUUACAUGGGGCAUUUGCUUGCAACAACAUCAAAGGAUGGUAAUCAAGGUUUGUUUCCUUUGGCUUUUGCGAUUGUUGACGCUGAAAAUCAAGAUAAUUGGAUGUGGUUCUUAAGUCAGUUGUUGAAGGCUGUUGGUUCAGGCCGGAGAUUGACUUUUGUGUCGGACCGUCAACAUGGAUUGCUAGACGCUCUUUCAGUGGUUUUCCCCAAUGCACAUCAUGCUUAUUGCUUGAAUCAUUUGAAGAGAAAUUUGAUUGACAAAUUGGUGGGACUUCGUACUAACUAUAAGCUGUGUUUGAUGAAAAUAUUAGUUAAAUGUGCUUAUGCGCCAACGGUUGCUUCUUUCCAACAUUAUAUGGAGAAAUUGAGGCGUAUUGCUGGGAACGGUAGAGUUGAUAGUAUGUUGGAUGGUUUGCAAAAUGAUAAGUGGGCCAAUGCAUUUUUUAGAGGGAAACGAUAUGGUGAGAUGUCAUCUAAUGCUGCCGAGUCUUACAAUAAUUGGAUUGGUGGGGCCCGUGAGUUGCCUAUUACUUGUAUGGUUGAUAUGAUUAGGGUUCAAAUCAUGACUCAAUUGUCGGAUAGAAGAGCUGAAUCUAGAAGAUGGACUACGAAAUUGUGUCCAGUUAUGGAAAAGAAGUUGGUGGACUCUUUGGAGCUAGCUAAGUCUUGGGAUGUGAUUGUUGCUAGUGAUACUGUGCUUAAGGUUCAUUCUUCCAUUUCUUUUUAUGUUGAUAUUGCUUCUGUGUGUGUGUGUGUGUAUAUUCGUUCUCAAACUACAUUGCGGGGAUGGCGACGAGCAGCAGAGAGGCCAGACGACGUCGCAUUGUGGAUAGAGGCUCAGAUCGCUUGUCAUUUCCAAACCCUGCCUUGUUCAUCAUCUUCGCCCUCUCAAUCUCAUCAUUCAAAUCUUUCGCCACAUCAAUCCACCGUUUCAUACAACGGUGAGGAUAAAUCCUCUAGUUCUUUGUUGCUGAAGGUUGCCUCUGCCAAUGAAUCUGGCACCAUUGAUCGUGGAAGUAAAGAGCAACCAUUUUUGCGCAAAUGUGAGACAAACACUGAAGCUUUGAGAGUUCUUCCUUGGGAAGUCGAUGGCAGAGUAGAAUCAUCCCGUGUCUCAUCGACAGUUCAAAAUACAUCGAUUUCCACUUCUGACUCAGAUCAUCACGUUGAACCACAUGUCUAUCGGAGUAAAUUUUUCACCCCGAAUCAAAUAAGUUGUGCCAUUGCAGUGUCAGAGAGUACCCGCAUCUAUUGUUCUCUACCAGCAGCCAUUUUAGUAGUACUUUCUCAUGUUGGACUUCCUGUACUGGGCAGCCACAUCGUGAAGAGCACCAUAUUUUUUGGGCCUUUGUAUCUAGUUUUGCUUACCAAUGUAUCGAUUGUGCUAGCACAGCUACUUUUAGGAAAACAGAGACGGUUGGAGCGGAUUGAGCAAGAAGCAAAUAGUGUCCCUUUGAUUGGUGGGUACGGUUUUGCUGAACAAGUAGGCAAGGCAUUGGAGUCAGGUUUGGUGUUGCAGAACAUAGUGGGUGCAAUGUUCAUGGAUUGUAGUGUGUAUGCGGUCGUUGUUGUAUGCGGUCUCUCUCUUGUGCACAAAUUCGGCUGGUAGGAUAUUUGGUUGAAUAAUUUGAAUCAUUGGCCCUUGAUGAGCUAGUUCAACUCCUUGUCUAAUGAAUGUACUUUCACUCAGGUGUCUUCCUUUCUUUGUAAUAUAUUUUGUAUAAGGAUUUGAAGGCACCUCCUUUUAGGCCUAGUCAUGUAUAACAUUUAUCUUUAAUACUAUUUACUUUUCUUUUGUUCAAAAAAACCUAGUUCAACUCUGCUUUGAAUGCACUUUAUUUUUCAAUUUCUGUACAUUUCCCCCCCUAAGCAUGGAUUCAAGUUUAUGUAAUUUUCUUUAGGUUUCAACUUUGUGUUGAAUUCGGAUUUGAAGGGACAGUUUUGUAAAUCAACUUGUAUCUAUCUAUGUUAUAAUCGGAGUUUCUAUUUGCAUACCACAUAUCUUCGGGCUUUAUUUAGUAGUCUAGAAGCACAAUAUAACAUUGCUUACGUGAUACUCUAAAUCAAUUACCUAGUUAGUGUGUUAUGAUUUUUUUAUUGGCUCGGAUUACUAUAUAGACAAUGACAUGAUAUUUAUAUCUUCUCAAUUCACAUCAUUUUUUCAACUAAUUAUGAUCAUGCUCCUUGAACGAAUUUCUAAAAUGCCCUCAUCUUCUAUUCCCACAUCCCCAUCAUCUUCUACCUGAAACCCAACAACCAACCCAUCCUCAUGAUGCCGAAAAUUGCCUUUGCCACCACCAUUCCCAACCCUCUACCAGCAUGCCACCAUGGAAACAGGUAAGAGACGUAGUUAGGAGGGAAGGGGCGCCAGUGGUGGAAAUGGCGGCAGGAAGUUGCAGGUGGUUUUAAGCAAUAUGUUAGGGUCGGGGUUAGAAUAUUGAAAAUUAAUUUAUUAUGGAGAGUAAAUGGUGUCAAUUGAAAAAAAAAAAAAAAAAAUCAAAAAUUAAAAAUGUGUGUUUGGUGUUUGAU